UUAGUCUUAACAAAAAUGGGUCCAGCGAAUGCAAGAUUGAAUCCAGUUGGGGCUGCUGCAUGCUUUGCGUUUGGACUAUGUAUGGUGAUUUAUGUGUUUGGAUUUCCAGAUUGGUUUCAGAAGGAGCAGAAGAUAAGUUUGAAGGAACUUUUAUCAGUUAGCAUCGCUCUUGUUGAGCGAGGUGGGACUCGGGUACGCGAGAUACGUGAACGUAACACGUUGGCAGACAGAUCAAAAGGCAAAACGAAGGAAGGAGCAGAUGAAGUACUCACAGAAGGCGAUAUGGAGUCUCACAGAGCAAUUGUAUAUGGUUUUGCUAAGACUUUUCCCGGACUUCAGGUUAUUUCUGAGGAGUCAGAUAUUAGGCCUGUUAGCUUUAAGCUGAUAGAAAAUGUUAAUUCAAAAAAUGAGGAGGUGGACAAAUUAAUUAAGAAUGACAUGUCUGUGCCAUUUCACAGUGUGGCUGUUUGGGUUGACCCUCUAGAUGCUACACAAGAAUACAAAGAAAAUUUGCAGAAGUUUGUGACAGUUAUGAUAUGUGUGGCCGUCAAUGGGCAACCAACAAUUGGAGUUAUACACAAGCCAUUUGAGAAAAAAACAGUUUGGGCUUGGGUUGGUACUGGCCAUUCAUCAAAUCUUAAAAAAGUAGAAAACAACAGGAAAGAGGGUGACCCCCACAAUAUCAUCAUAUCUCGAUCCCACACAGGAGAUGUGGCAGAAAGUGUCAGGAAAAGUUUGGGAAACAACACAAAUAUUAUCUAUGCUGGAGGAGCAGGUUUUAAAACACUGGAAAUUGUGGGAGGAAGAGCAGAUGCUUAUGUGCAUACCACACGAAUAAAGAAAUGGGAUAUAUGUGCUGGAAAUGCUAUUUUGUCUGCAUUUCAUGGAAAAAUGACUACACUUGAGGGUGCAUUUAUUGACUAUUCCUCUCGGAAAGAAGUGAAAAAUAAUGAUGGAUUAUUAGCAACUCUGUUUGAUCAUUACAAAUAUUUAGAACAGCAUAUAGCCAAACCAAUGGAACACAACAAGGAUAAAAGUUAGUGAAAUCAACAGUAUUAAAAGAUUUUCUAGUUUUAUAGUUAUUAGGAGUGGGCCAGUCUUUUUUGUCAAAAGUGUACAUACAUUAUCAAUAAUGUCCUAGUUGUAUACAUGUUUAAUAAUAAUGACCGAGUAGUUAGAAAUUGUAAUUAAAUGCAAAAAUUUUGAUGGAGAAGAAUGCAAACAUUUUUUUCUUUAGCAAAUGGAUAUGCUGAUUCUGAUACAUAUAAUUACAAAAUCUCCUGAGGAAAAAGGAAAAUUGGGUUCAUUAAAAUGUACUUGUAGUUUGGGGACAUUGAUAACUCUACCUUUAUAUUGAAUCAAAACAAUGAGUAGGCUUGGGCAGAAUGUUUACAGGAGUAAAUUUUGAUAUGAAUGGAAUUUAAGGUAGGUUUCAUGCCACACAUUUUUGCAACUUUUAUCUAUUCUAAGAAAGUGUGUCUUGUGUGGUCUUUCAAGGUCUGCCUGUAAUAGAUAUUCAAAUAUUCAUGAGGUCUUUGUUUAUCAACAUGAAGGCUUAAUGCGUUA